AUGGCAAGCUUUCAACCAAAGAAUCUCAAGAAUGGCCAAAACUCACCAGGAUUGGCUAUUGGCAUGCUACUCAUGGCAACUGGUGUAGUGGCAUUUGCAUUAAACAGACCAGAGAAGAAGGCAGAAAAGUCGUUCAUGCCACAAGGAAAGAACUUUGGUAUCAAAGAUUCUUUAAAGGAACAGGUACGUUCCGAUGAAGCAUCCAACGCUCAGUUCGCAAAGGAGGAAGCAAGAAGGAGGGAGAAAGAGAACGCGAUAGCAUCUGCUAUAGCCGCACGUUCUCAUGCGCGUAGACCUUCUGGACCUGCGGAUCCUUCGGAGGUCUAUAAAGCAUUCGCACCUCCUACACCUCCUAGAUCUUUUUUCAGAUCUGAAUAA